AUGGCAACUGCACGCCUGCCUUUUCUAUAUCCGAACUUCCUGCGCGCCGUGCGUGCGUGCGAGCCAACCACCUACCAUUCCAUUCGAGCCCCUCCGCCAGCUGCGGCGAAACCUCGUCGUAAAGCCAAGCUGCAUACUUCUGCACGCCGUCCGCAGGACGCCUUUCCCCAGAGAUACGGGCCCGCUGCUACCCAGAACCUCCCACCCCCGUCGAAACCUUCGGAAGCAGCGAGUUCUCAGCGAGAGGGCAACGAGAAGGAAAAGGGGAAUGAGGAGUCAAAAGAGGGCAGAGAAUCAUCUCAAUCGGGCUCCGUGAAGAAAGAUGGGCCGACGGCAGAAGAAGUCGGGCAGGACGAGCCCCAACCAUCAAACGCUACGUCAGACUAUGUUGAUGAAGCGUCAAUGAGCACAAAAAACCAUAAAAUCAAUGUAGAAGAGGACAAGCCUCUAGACAACAAAGAACUCGACCUGAUACUUGCGAUACCUUCGCCGUCGGAAGUCAAGGGCAAAGACGCCCCCAAGCACCCCCAUCUCGAACCAUCGCCGUACGAACAUCAUUUCGACACUUACUCGCUUGUCCAGCAGCUAGCGGCCAAGGACAAGGACGCCUACACCGUUGACCAAGCCAUAACGCUGAUGAAAGCCAUCCGGCUGAUGCUCUCGCUAAACCUCGACGUCGCCAAGGAAGGCCUCGUUUCAAAGUCCGACAUUGAGAACGAAUCGUACCUCUUCCGUGCCGCCUGCUCCGAGUUAAAGACCACCCUACAAAGCACUCGGCAUUCCGAGACGCUCAAGCAGCGCAGCCAGCGGGCACAGCUGCAGCACGAAUAUGACAUCCUGAACCAGAAGGUGACGCAGGACCUGAUGACGCUCAAGGAAGAAUUGAAGGGGUUGUUCAAUGAUCGAAAACUGGGCUUGCAGGAGGACAAGCGCAAGAUCGAUAGCAAGAUCUCGGAACUGAACUAUGAGAUCACCGUGCUUCUGAACAGUGAAGCGAGGAGCGAGGUCGAGGGGUUGCGGUGGGUGUUGACCCGUCGCGCGGCGUUGGCGAUUGGAUUCUGUGCCUUCAUGAUCAUCUCGGCCCUGAAUUACUCCGGGAUCAAGAUGCGCGAGAAAGAGGCAGCGGAGAAGAAACGCAAGGAGGCAGAGAAGGCGCAAGAGGAACGGGAGCAGCAGUACCAACGCGAGCAGGCCAGGUUUCCCGGGUCGAGUCGGACGCAAGGGACGCAGACCGAGGAUAUGGCCCUUGUCAAUACUGAGAGCGUGGGUUGA